AUGAGUGGGAGAUCUCUCAAAACUGACAAAGGCGCCAAGUUUGACGUUGAAGUUGACUUCCCCACAUCCGAUAUCAUUCCUACCGUUACAUGGGGCACAUCUCCGCAAGAUGUUGUCGCAAUCACUGACGUCGUCUGGAGCGGUCAUUCCCGCACGGGCACCAGCCUCGACUCUACUCAUAGUCCAACCGCUCAUACGAACCUCCAUGUGAAUGAUGACGACUCGGUUAUGGACAUCUCGGAUACUUCAAAGCCACGAAAACAAAUCAAUUGCAAGAUGUAA